UGACACAUUUCCGCCAAGAUGGUUGUCGGUGCCUUUCCAAUCGCAAAGCUCCUCUAUCUGGGAGUACGACAGUUGAGCAAACCGGUGGCCAACCGGAUAAAAGCAGGCGCACGGAGGAGUGAAUUCUUUAAGAAUUAUAUCUGCCUUCCUCCGGCCCAAGCAUACCACUGGAUCGAGAUGAGAACAAAGAUGAGGAUCAUGGGUUUCCGUGGCUCUACUAUCAAGCCCCUGAAUGAGGAGGCAGCUGCGGAGCUUGGAGCAGAGUUGCUCGGCGAGGGUAUAAUUUUCAUCAUCGGUGGGGGCUGCAUGGUGCUUGAGUACAGCCGGCAGGCCGCCAACGCCAGACGCAAGGAAGAGGAGCUUGCACAAAACAUUAGCAAUCUUCAGACGCAACUAGGAGAGCUUGCACUAGCGACAGAGACACUAGAUGCCCAAAUCAGAGAGGUUAACAGAAUUCUGUUGUCCUUUCCAACUGCCACAAGUCACAAAUAACAAUAUGCAUCACUAAAGUAAACACCCUAACUAAGAAGGGUAAAGAGGCUGGUUUAUGGGGACAUCUGAUUGUGCAGCACUGCCAUAUAUACAUGUACAUAGUCUUGUUUAGGCCCUGCUAUACACACACACAGAGCUCUGAGUGUAGUCUGAGGCAGUAUUCUACAGCUCAACUCUCCUUGCUGACAUGUUGACACCCAGGCUAUGGAAAAAUGAGGAAGGAACAUAGAUCUCUGUGUAAGUGUGUGUGAUAAGUGGCUGGUCACCAGCAUAACAUAAAGGUUCUCAUGCUUAAUUUGUUUGGUUGAAUUAUGUAUUUUUCACAUGACAGAUUUAGUUAUUUGAUGACACUGUCAAACUGUCAAAAAUUUCUGUCAUCAUUUACUCACCCUCAUGUUGUUCAAAACCCAUGAGAGUUAAAUAAUGACAGAAUUUUCCAUUUUGAGUGAACUAGUCCUUUGUUUUGACCACUUAUUAACCUGCAUAUCAAGACCUGCUUAGACAUGUGAUGCCAUAACAUUUCAGUGAUUCUUUUUCAUUUUGGAUGAAAUGGUCACAAAUUAAAGUAAAAAAAGGAUUAUGCUUUUGGGGUUUGGCAUUGAUUUCCUUUGUAGUGAGCGGUAAAUCCCAUAAAAGUGAUCUGAAAAUGCACUUGAAUUGGGAAUACUUGAAUGACAUAUUCCAUAGUGUAAAUAUGGAUCUGUCCCCCAACAUAGGAAACAGAGACACUGUCUCUUCGCGUGUUGUGAAAAAAUCCCUGUUGCAUAAAAGACUGCUGUGUUUAAUAUGCCUUGUGUAUAUGGGUGUAUAUUUAUCAUUGUAAAAUAAAGUGAAAUAUUCUAGAAUGGUUGUUUUUGUAUCUUG